GCGCCAGCCCUGGGCGGCGGGGCGGGCCUUCAAAGCAGGGCUCCACAGAGCUCCCCUGUCCGCGUGGGCCGCCGAUGUCAGCGCUGGGGGUUGAGAUCGAGGAGGCGGAGGAGAAGCAAGGCCGUGUGACCUCCCCGGAGGUGACAAACGGCUCGGGGACCGUGCAAACACCUCCUGGAGCGGUGAUGGGGUGACCGUCUAGCGCGAUCUGUGCGAUGAGAGGGAGCCGGGGUGUUGCAAGGGGGCUUGGAGGCCAGAAGCCUCAAUCGGAACAGGCGCCCAGCCAUGGCCAGGCCGGCCGCCCCGGGCUCGGUAAUUGUCCCAGACUGGCACGAGAGCGCCCAGGGCAAGGAGUACCUGGCCUGCGUCCUGCGCAAGAGCCGCCGGCGGGUGUUUGGGCUGCUUGAGCGACCAGUGCUUCCCCCUCCUGUGGCCAUCAACACUGCCAGCUACAAGAUCUUCGUGUCUGGGAAGAGUGGCGUGGGCAAGACAGCGCUGGUGGCCAAGCUGGCUGGCCUGGAGGUGCCCAUGGUGCACCACGAGACCACUGGCAUCCAGACUACCGUGGUGUUUUGGCCAGCCAAGCUGCAGGCCAGCAACCGCGUCGUCAUGUUCCGCUUCGAGUUCUGGGACUGCGGGGAGUCUGCACUCAAAAAGUUCGAACACAUGCUGCCGGCUUGCAAGGAGAACGCAGACGCGUUCCUCUUCCUCUUCUCCUUCACUGACCGGGCCUCCUUUGAAGACCUCCCUGGACAGCUGGCCCAAGUAGCCGGCGAGGCCCCUGGCGUGGUCAGGAUGGUCAUCGGCUCCAAAUUCGACCAGUACAUGCACACCGACGUGCCCGAACGGGACCUCGCGGCCUUCCGGCAGGCCUGGCCGCUGCCCCUGCUGCGGGUGAAGAGCGUGCCGGGGCGGCGGCUGGCGGACGGACGCACCCUAGACGGCCGGGCCGGGCUGGCCGACGUUGCCUAUGUGCUCAACGGCCUGGCGGACCAGCUGUGGCAGCAGGACCAGGCGGCGGCUGGCCUGCUCCCCGCCCCAGAGGCGGCCGGCUCCUGAGCGGGCACCCUGACCGCGGGCGACCCGGAGCAGGACCCAGGCCCUGGGCUGGGGCAGAAAUGCGGAUCUCCCCCAGGACGGGCCUGGGGCCUGUCAGGGAGGGUGGAGGCCUGGGAAGGCCCUUUCCUCAGGAGCUCGGGGCAGGGAGCUCAGCGCAGGGAGGCGGGCACACAGCCCUUCAGGGCAGCUGUCUGAGGGCCUGCCAGGGUCCAGCCUCGGCAGGAUCCAGGGGAUAACCUCAGGAUGAACGGUGUCUGCGCGCGAGAGAAGACACGUGAGCCCAGCCUUGAUGGGGCCAAGUCUGUGAGGGGGAGAGAGAGAGAGAGAG